AAGAGAGAGAGUGAAGAGGAGGAUGAAUGUGAUGAGAGAUGUUGCAUUCAAACAGGAAGAGAAGCAUGAGGAUUAGCAAAUCAUGAACUGCAUCCAGAUUCCACAUGAUUUACAUCCAAUGCCAACGUUCAGUGCCAAUGCAGGAAGUACUGCGUACUUUCUUCAGCUACUCACCCCACUCGCUGCAAAAAGGGGAACCAUAAAACAGUACCAUUAAGGCUGUAUUUCUUUGUAAUAAGGUGGAGAGUAAAGUACCUAGUGCCAUUGAGCACACACUUUUGAGUAUUAUGAACUUAAAAAAUGUCAAGAUCUGAAUUCCAUAACCUCACUUCAUGUUUCUGUAGUUCGUAUGUGGGCGCUGGAAGUUGGUGGAGGCAGAUCUGUUGGCCUUUUUACCUCAAAGUGAGCAAAAAAACCGUUUGCUUCAGUUCCUCUUACAGCCAGAUGUUGACAGUCACACCACCAGCAUGUGAUAUGUUUAUUUUCUCUUACAGUAUAAUAUGAUAAUGUUAUGAGAUGUUAAAGUCUUAGAGAGACAUGAACCAAACCAUAGCUCCUUCAAAUACUCCACAUUAAAGAUAUUUAAUGUUAUAUAUAUAUAUAUAUAUGUAAUUCUGAGGCGUUAGAGAAUAUUGUGAGAGAGAAAGUUAUCUGCACAGAUUUAUCAGCGGUUUUAGCUUCCUGUUCUAUAAGGGCGUGGUUUAUGACGGUGAUCUAUUUGUAAUAACUUCCUUCCAGACAGCAACACAAGUCGAUCAGAGUGCUGUGCUACACGGAGAGAAGCACUGUUUAUGUUUAGGAAUAUUCUAGGUGUUAUAUAGUUGACACGCUAUAGAGAAACGGGGUUUUCUUAACCAUCUUUUGGGGUUUAGAGGUAAGGGCAUUUCUAACUUGGAUGUAUUAGUUUCAGACAGACUGACAGGUAGUUAAAUGUUUAGGUUGAACCAAUGCGAAGAAAGGUUCAGAGAAAGCAAAGUCCACUUGUAAUAUAGUCAAGUAUUUGUUAGUUACAGUUACUUUUGUCUCAUAAAUCCUGUUUCCUGACAUGCUGCUGAACUUUGAGCUGUUGGCACAUGAUAAUAUUGUCUGACAAAGGAGAACUAUGAAUGAGCACCUGCUUAAAAUACUGAUUAUUGGUGAUGGAAAUGUUGGGAAAUCCUCGUUUUUGCAUCGCUACGUCAACGGACAGUUCAACAAGACGUACAAGAUGACAAUGGGAGUGGAUUAUGCUGUGAAGCUGCUGCUCUGGUCAGAUAAAGACAAAGUCAGACUCCAACUGUGGGACAUCGCAGGCCAGGAACGUUUCAUAUCCAUGAACAGGGUCUAUUAUAAGGGUGCGCUGGGCUGUGUGGUGAUGUUUGACGUCACCAGCUCAGCCAGCUUCCUCAGCUGUCGCCAUUGGAAACGGGACCUUGACAACAAGGCCAUGCUUCCCAACGGAGAAUCCAUCCCCUGCAUCCUGCUGGCCAACAAGUGUGACCUCCCUCAGCGGGUCGUGCCCCCAGACAGCAUCGACAGGUUCAGUAAGGCCAACGGCUUCAUUACCUGGAUGGAGAUUUCGGUCAAAGAGAACAAGAACGUUGGUGAAGCUAUGAGGAGAUUGGUGCAGGACAUUUUGUCUGUGGAAUCCAGUCUUGAUUCACUACAACCCAAACCUCAAGAAAUCGUUAAUCCUCAACUGGACGCGGUGUGCGACGGAGGAGCAGGAUGCUGCUGAAACACAAUCAAAAGGACAAGCAAACAGCUGGGACCCAAUCAUAUACUCACGUUGUUUCAGGGGGCACUGAACAAUGCACUUAACUGAGAGAGGCUGUCUGCAAAUAGAAGACGAUAGUGGAAGCACCAGGAGAUGUCGAUGUAAGUGAGGUAUAUUGAUGCUCAGCAGAUCUUCAGUGUCCAUGUGUGAGCUGGCAGUGAUCUAAGAGGACACUUUAAGUGGGAUAAGGAAACAACACACAUGUUUCUCAUUUUGGACAAUGUAAGAUUAAAAAACGAGUGUGAAAGCAACAACACCGGUUUAACUGUCAAAAAGACUCAAUAAGGAUUCAUCAACUUUUUUCUAGCCAAUUAAAGCCUGUUUCAGGAUCUAAAAACAAGAAAUAUCAGUACAGUAAAGUACACAAAGACAGACCCUCUGAGCCCUGCACAUGACUGUUUUCGUAACCCUCUUCCCGCGGCAGACAAUUUGACGUAAACAUGCACAACUGAAUUUAUAAUUAAAAUAUUUGUAAUGUUUUCCCCCCAA